GUCAGCUACGUUUAUGACGUCUGGUGUUUGCACAAAUGUUCGCGUGCGGCAGAUUUUAACAUAUAAAUAUUGAACAUAAGGUGGCAUACUUAAAUAAAUACGCUAUUGCUUGUACAUCUAUAUACGCCUAACAGUUCAUAAGUGACAACCGAAUAUAUAUCUUUUUUUUAAAUUUUUUUGUUUCGCUGUUGAUACAAACAAAAAUAGAUAACAGUUUUAACUUCACUCAGUGUUAUUUGUUAUAAAAAAAAAUUUUUUUUCUGUGAUAUAACGGUAAAAAUAAUUUAAGAAAAGAAAAGUAGUAAUAAAUAAAACGUUUAGGUGUAAAGACGUGUAUUAUUAAUUAAUUAAAAUAAUGAGCGAACAUAAUCAUGCAACAUCAUCGUCCAGCUCGGAAUUACUUACGGCCAAAUGCCUGGCUAUGGUCAGUAUGCUAAUAGCAACUCUACUAUUCGGCUCAAUACCGUAUAUGCUGAAUCGUUACUACAAAUGGACCGACAGGACGGCAAAUGCGCGCUCAGCAAAGACAGUUCAAUGCCUUUUAUAUUUCGGUGGCGGCGUUUUACUGGCAACGACCUUCGUGCACUUACUGCCCGAAGUACAAGAAGUCGUAAGCCAUUUACAACAAUGCGGUGAAAUUGCUCAAGUACCUUUCGCCAUACCAGAGAUGCUAAUGUGUGCAGGGUUUUUCUUCAUGUAUCUUAUCGAGGAAGCCAUCUACCGGUAUUUGCAUCGAUCUAAAAGCAACAAACUGAAAGAUAACGGAGCCGAAGCGGCUUUUGAACGUGGGCACAGCAUAAGGAAUAGUGCUUUAGUUAAGGAUAGAAAUGAAAAUAAUCAAAGUUUAAAUAAAAAUGAAAGAAUUAACAGUGUUAGCAGUAAUGGCGGCCAAAAUGAUUUCGUUACUGUUAGAGUGGCUCAAGAAACAAUGAAAAGCGAAAAUAAUUUAUUUAAUGUCGCGCACAAUGUGAACGAAAGUAACGGCAAAGUUUCAAGUGAUGGUCACCAUCAUCAUAACGAUUACGAACGGUCGGUUGAGAACACGCUACAACCUGGUAAACAUUGUUCAGAUCAUUGUACGCCCGGCCAUAGUCAUUUGCCGUUAAAUCAUAAUGGAAAAAAUGAAGAUGUAAUCACUUCAUCUUUUCGUGGAUUAUUCAUAGUUUUAGCCUUAUCGCUGCACGAAGUGUUUGAGGGUUUGGCCAUUGGUUUGGAAGAUUCGACCAAUUCGGUCUGGUUCUUAUUUGCGGCCGUUUCAGCUCAUAAAUUGGUUUUAGCCUUUUGCGUAAGUGUAGAGCUAAUCGUCGCUCGUACCAAAUCAAUGUUAGCGAUAAUCUACACCUUAACAUUUGCGACCGUUAGCCCUCUCGGGAUUUUAAUCGGAAUUUUUAUUAGUCAUAAUGGUAAUGCAAGUGAGGAAAGCAUUUUGUCAGCGAUUUUACAAGGUUUAGCCUGCGGCACCCUAUUGUAUGUAAUAUUUUUUGAAAUAUUAUCAAAACACCAUAGUGGUUUGGCCACCUUAGCAGCAUUGUUAACCGGUUUUAUAUUAAUGUUUGGCCUGCAACUAUUGGAUGGGGACGACAGCCACCACGACCACGACCAUCAUAGCUGUUCCUCAAUCGAUAUUAAUGCUUCAACUGCCAUUGAACAAACAAAAAUAUUCACGACAACAACAACAACAGCAGCUUUAUAUCUAAACUCUUCUAAUACAUAAAUAAGUAGCUAAAUAAACUUGAAGAAGUAUAAAACACUUAUCUUCUAUUGAACUAUGUAAACUUAAACAUAUAAAUAAAAUUUUUAUUAUCUUUUGACGACGACAGUCCAAGCCAAUUUAGCGAUAA